AAUGUUUAAUUUUAUAAACUUUAAACUUUUGCUUCAACAUCAAAUAGGACUAUGAAAAAGUGGAUUUUCUUUCUUCGAUAUUGCCAAAAGACUCGGCCAGAAUGUAUCCACUGUGUAUGAUUGUUGGAAGCAGUGGUCAAAUGGAGGUACUGCUUCAAGAAGACCGGGUUCUGGAUAGCCACAUGGAACUACUGAGAGGGAAGACCGCCGUAUUGCAUAUGGCUGUGGUGCAUCGUACUGCGUCUGCGGCAGAAAUUCGAGCUGCAGUUGGUACCACAGUGACACAGUGAACUAUUACAAAUUGGUUACUUCAAGUACAGCUCCAAGCCAGGCACCCUGUAGCAUGCAUUCCACUGACUCCAAGCUAUUGCCAUUUGUGACUUCAGUGGUUUCAAACCAGAGCUCAUUAGAGGACGGAAUGGAGAUCCUUUGUGUUUUUGGGUGAAAGCAGGUUUUGCCUUGGUGCCAGUGAUAGCUGUUAGUCAAAAGGAGGCCAGGGGAAUGCAUGCAACCAAAUUGUCUGUGGCUUAGACACACUGGAUCUACACCUGGAGUCAUGGUUUGGGGAGCAAUUUCUUAUGACAGCAGGAGUACUCUAAUGCACUCCUGCUAUACUUCCAAACACAGUGACUGCAAAUUUGUAUGUCAGUCUGGUAAUUCAACUUGCUGCCAAUUCAUGAACGGCAUUCAAGGAGGAGUUUUCCGACAGGAUAAUGUUCGUCCUCAUACCGCUGUUGUAACACAAUGUGCUCUACAGUGUGUCGACAUGUUACCUUGGCCUGUGAGAUAACCAGAUCUGUCUCCAAUUAACAGGCUGUGGAGUUUAUGAAGAAGAAGAAGAAUAAGAGUGCAGUGCAAAUGAAUCUAGAUCAGAAUGCAUCUUUUUUUCCAUUUGGUGGGAUAAUGCAUUUUGACUUAUGAAGCAUUUUACAUUUCUUUCAUAUUACAUAAAUUCAAUUUUAGAACAGGCCCAUCACAGUUUAAAUCACUGAACAUUAUUUUCCUUUGUAAUUUACAACUUAAAUUGCAUGACCAAAAUGAGAUAGUUAAAUAACACAUUUCUUAUGUUUAUCCAUUAGAUAUCAAUUAGGCCCACCAUUAGCCAAGUAGUAAAGUUACUGAAUGCUUCGGUAGUUUGACUUGGGUUUGAAUCUCAAUGCACAGACAUUUUCCCUGUGUGUAACGUGGAUAUGGGCCAGUUUCCCUUAGAAAGUUCUCCUCGAAGGCAUCCCUUCCCUUAGGCAGAUUGCUGUAUACUUUUCCAUAAUCAAAUAAGUCAAAUGCUAGAUAUUAGUAUAUCUAUAAGUAUUAGUAUAUCAAUAUUGUGUUCAAAUGUACUAUUCAUUUGCAUUUCUCCAGAUCCAGACUUUAUUGAAUUACAACAGAGUUUUAUGGAAGAACACUAUAAAGCAUUUGAAGAAUGUGAAGAAAAUAAACUUGAAUAUAUGGAUAUAUUCAAUUUGUAUAAUGAACUUAUUGAAAGGCACAUAGAAGAAUGUCUGCGUAAAAGAAUACCUGGAUUUUCUAUGAAGAAUUUCUUGCAAGAUAUAAGCAAUCAUUCAGAAUUAGAAGGCGAAGUAUUUGACAUCUUGGUGAGCUUCACCGAUUUUAUAACAUUCAAAGAAAUGUUUCUGGAUUAUAAAGCAGCUAAAGAUGGCAGAACACCAGACCUAUCAAUAAGCAACAGUAACAACUCUAAAAGCUGCUGAACAGAUAAAAAUAGGCAUAAUAACUAACUUAAUUUAUGAAUACUUGUACAUAUAAGUUUUAAACAUAUUUUUAUAUAUGUAAAUCAGUUAAUUUUGAAAAUAUAUAAUAAUUUAGUGUGUGCAUUCUAGAUCAGUGAUAGAUUGUUAUAGUUUUUAUGUUAUUAAAUAAAAAAAGUUCUUCCUC